CCACUUCAUCAGCAAGAUGAUUCCAAGCUUCUCGCGACCUGCGCUCCAUUUGCGCUCUACGCAAACCACUCCAAGCUUUUCAGUUCCAGCCUUUCAGGUCCCUUCCCAAAGGCAGUCGGCCUGGAGCAUCUGGAGCCAUGGUGUCUCGGGCUUCAUGGCCUUGAUGGUGUUGAGCUCCAGAACGACACGUCAUGCUGGCGACGCUGGCGAAGAAGCUCCACGAAGAAAUGGCUCUCGGAAGCCUCGGAAGCCCAAGAAAUUCUCGCCCUUCUGCACUAAGGCGACCCAGUGGCGAGGGCAGACAGGAAGGGGCAAAAAAGGUCACUUCCAUCUCCUGGACAGAUACAUUCGACGAAUCGAUGCUUUGCUGCCAGAAGACAUGGAAGACCUGGUGCGGCCCAUGAGCUACAAGCCAAAUCAGGAACAGACAACCAGGAGCAUCAAGAUUACCUUUCCAGAUGCCAUGGUGGCGCCAGCUGACAUCAGCGAGGAGGAAGUGAGAAACUUCCUGGCACCAACUGUGCCAAGAUCCAUUGCGCUGGGAUGGACAUCAGAGGAAGGCAAUGCGGAAGUCUUCGUGCUCUUUGAAGACAACGAGGAUUGUCGAAGCGCCCGGCAACUGGAUGGUCAGAGGCUGGGGAGCUUCUACGCUCAAGUCAGGUUUACGGUGGACAACAAGUUCCGGCGAGUCAUGGAAGACUUGGGCUUCUGGGAGAAGGGUAGCAAUCAAUUGGAUUCAGAGCAACCUGAAGUGCCAGCGGAACAAGAAGCUGCGCUGCCAGCAGAUGCGUAGGCGUUGCCUCCCGCUACAAAUGUCGAAAGCAACGUGCCAAAAA